GCUUAACCGACUGAGCCACCCAGGUGCCCCCAGAUGUUUCAAAUGAUCAAAACAGAAUGAGUAGUGUAAUUUUAAAAACGACAACUCCUCAACUCUUUCCAGAAUUAACAAAUGUUGACUCGUUGCUUUACUAACUUUAAAUCUUUCUUCAAAAUAACAAAAUAAUAUGCAUAAAGAGGGUAUCUCUCCAUUUAAGUCUUUCCUUUCGCAACAUGGUGCUUGCAUUUGGUGAUACUCCUGCUUGCCCAGGAAUCAACAUUUCAUUGCCUUGUUACCACAUCAUUUCCAUCAGAUUCAUCAACAAUAUGGAACUCGGAAAUGAAACAAGCAUUCUAGAAUUUCUUCUCAUGGAAGUGACAGAGAAUCCAGAACUGCAGUCCCUCAUCUUCAGCCUGUUCCUGUCCAUGUAUCUGGUCACCAUCUUGGGAAAUCUGCUCAUCAUCUUGGCUGUUAACUUGGACUCCCACCUCCACACCCCCAUGUACUUCUUCCUCUCCAACCUGUCUUUUGUUGACAUCUGUCUCACCUCCACUACCAUCCCAAAGAUGCUUGUGAACAUCCAGACACAGAGCAAAUCCAUCAGUUACCCAGGCUGCCUCACCCAAAUCUGCUUUGUUUUGGUUUUUGCAAGUUUGGACGGUUGUAUUCUUUCAGCAAUGGCCUAUGACCGCUAUGUGGCCAUUUGUCAUCCACUGAGGUACAAUGUCAUUAUGAACUCCCACUUCUGUGGCCUGCUGAUUCUGGUCUCCUUGUGCAUUAGCACUGUGGAUGCCCUGAUGCACAGUCUGAUGGUGUUGCAGCUGACCUUCUGCACAGACGUUGAAAUCCCUCUCUUCUUCUGUGAAGUUGUUCAGGUCAUCAAGCUCGCCUGUUCUGACACCCUCGUCAAUAACAUCCUGAUAUAUUUUGCAGCUAGCCUAUUCGGUGGUAUCCCUGUGUGUGGAAUCAUUUUCUCUUACACUCAGAUAGUGUCCUCUGUUUUGAGGAUGCCACCAGCAGGUGGAAAGUAUAAAGUACGUGUGGGUCUCACCUCUCAGUUGUCUUUGUUCUAUGGGACAGGUUUUGGAGUCUACAUCAGUUCUGCCCUUGCUGACUCUUCCAGAAAUGCUGCAAUGCUUUCAAUGAUGUACACUGUUGUCCCUCAAAUGAUGAACCCUUUCAUCUACAACCUGAGGAACAGGGCGUGAAGGGAGCCUUGAGGAAACUGAUAAGUAGAACUUCUCUUCUGUGACUGUGUUAUCUGCGUGGACUGGGGUUUCUAGAAUGAGUCAAGGUGACAGAAAUAUUGGGUGAGCCAGAAUGCCUGAUUCUUGCAUCCCCAAGUUCUUCUAAAAUGACUAUAGAACACGAUGGGUAGUUUCAUCUUAACUUUGGGUUGAAACUUUAUUUGUUCUUUGUACAAUUCUGUGAUGUUUCAAGAAUGAGUUCCAUUGUCAAACUCAGUUUCUUUGGUCAGGUCCGUAAAGCUGAACCCAAGGUAGGGCAUUUAGUGAUUUUGUUUGAACACUCAAAGAAAAGAAGUUGGAUGGAUCAUGGAGAGGAUCCAAAUAAGUCUGUUGUCAUGGAGACAAAAUUCUGCCAAUUCCAUAGAUUAUUAUACUUUUUGAACUGCACCUUGAAAAUAAGCCUAUUACACACAGGAGGAGCUUAUCUUUUAUACCUAAUUUGGCAAUUGCCUGAGUGAUCACUGGUAAACUGUAUCUGUGCAAAGACACUAUCAGCAUCUGUUACUACACUCAAUUUCAUCAUCUGUAAAAUUGCUAUAAUCUGAUUAUCUCAGUGGCUUGAGAUGAUAGUGAAAUGAUUUAUCUUAAUUAGUAAACAAAACAAAACCCUUUGUUCCUGCUAAAAGAAAGUGUGCCUCUAAAAGACACAAGCAAUAAAGAAUGUUAUAUAUAUAUUUUUAAGUUUUUAUUUUAAUUCCAGUUAGUUAACAUAUAGGGUUAUAUUAGUUUCAGGCGUACAAUAUAGUGAUUCAACACUUCCAUGCAUUACCUGGUGCUCAUCAUGAGAAGUGUCCUCCUAACCCCAUCACUCAUUUCACCCAUCCUCGCCCCCCCACCUCCCCUCUGGUAAUCAUCAGUUUGUUCUCUAUAGUUAAUCUAUUUCUUAGUUUGCCUCUCUCUCUUUUUUUCCCUUU